GUGUUGAAUUGAAUUCGAUUUGAAGUAUCUUGCUUUUUUUUCUCUUCCUUAGUUUCGUUAUGAUUGGAACUUGAGUUCAUUUUCCGAAAACCGAAGGGACGAGAAGGACUAGAACUUUCUGGUCAAACUUACUUAUUUUGAUGCAUCGAUAGUAUGUUAUGGAAAACGUACGUGGUUCAUCUUCCUAAAUUGAUUGUUUGAAUUUUUCUGCGUUAUUAUUCGUCAAGUUUCUCAGCAACCAAAAGGGAAUAUGUUCCUUCGAGUAAAUCUAUAUAUCUGAUCUGUUCUGCUUUUGUUAUGUGUCAGGUUGGAUUCUGUAAUUAUCAAACUCUUAACAGAUUUUGACGAUUCAAGUUGAUGGAGAAUACUGGAAGCAGUGCCUUUCUGAGGAGUAGAAGAUUGGAGAGUUUUCUGAACACAAGCUCUGGUCAAAGGGUGGAAGUGACUCCUAAAGUUUCAGUGAAAGAAGAACCAGAAAGAAGGCUAAAGACUCACAUAGUUUCAAAUUACGAUGAUGAAGGAUGGUUGUUGGAUAUCAUAUCAUGGAUCAGAAUUGUCAUAUGUUUUGUGUCUAUGAUGGUUACAACAUUCAUAUGGGCAUUAAUCAUGCUUGUUCUUAUUCCAUGGCCUUAUGAAAGGAUUAGGCAAGGGAACAUUUAUGGGCAUGUGACUGGUAGAAUGCUGAUGUGGAUUCUUGGCAAUCCUAUAAAGAUUGAAGGUUCUGAGUAUGCUAACAAGAGGGCCAUUUAUAUCAGUAAUCAUGCCUCUCCAAUAGACAUAUUUCUUAUAAUGUGGUUGACUCCAACUGGGACCGUAGGAAUUGCGAAGAAGGAGAUAAUAUGGUAUCCUUUAUUUGGUCAACUUUAUGUUUUGGCGAACCACCUUCGUAUAGAUCGCUCUAACCCAACCGUAGCCAUUGAGUCCUUGAAAGAGGCGGCUCGUGCAGUCGUGAGAAACAACCUGUCCCUGAUUAUUUUUCCAGAGGGCACGAGGUCCAAAAAUGGACGGCUACUUCCUUUCAAAAAAGGUUUCAUUCACUUGGCGAUACAAUCACGCCUUCCUAUUGUUCCGAUGGUCUUAACAGGCACUCAUCGAGCAUGGAGGAAAGGCAGCUUACAUGUUCGUCCGGCCCCUCUCACUGUCAAGUACCUUCCUCCGAUAAGUACUGAAAACUGGACGGUUGAUAAGAUCGACGACUAUGUCGAAAUGGUACGUAACUUGUAUGCUGAACACCUUCCUGAGAACCAGAGACCUUUGCCUUGAAGGAUUUCAGAAAUAGGUUCAAACUCCAACUGAACUGAGGUGCCUCUUUUUUGUGAACUAUGAAGUGAAAGUUCCAUCAAUGAUCAAAGUCGUCCUCAAUUGUUGCAACAGUCAAUAAGAACAGUGGAGGCCGGUGAGUCCUUGAAGGAUUGUAAAUUUUGCAAUAAGCUUUGCUAGCUAUAACUAAUUCUAGUUUUGUUGUCUUAUAGCUUUCUCUGAUGUUGUAAAUCAUUGGCACUUGAUUUUAGUGUUAAUGGUUUCGAAUUCCAUAUCAGAGUUUCUGUGUACUGUAUGACAAUUCUUCAGUUUAUAGUUUGUUUCAUGUUACCAAUUCAAUCUGUUUCUUUCUUUGGAGGAA